AUGGGAGGCACAAUACCACCUGCUCCAGCCAGUACUUCCACAGAUCAGACAAGUAAGGGCAAAGCAGAAGAACAGCCAGAGGAACCAGUUAAAUCUCCUGAGCCAGAAAGUGAAGAGAGUGACUUAGAAAUUGACAAUGAGGGAGUGAUUGAACCUGAUAAUGAUGACCCUCAAGAAAUGGGAGAUGAAAAUGUAGAGGUAACUGAAGAGAUGAUGGAUCAAGCUAAUGAGAAGAAGAUGGAAGCUAUCAAUGCCUUAAGUGAAGGUGAACUUCAGAAGGCUGUCGAUUUGUUCACAGAUGCUAUCAAGCUGAAUCCUUGUUUGGCUAUCUUGUAUGCCAAGAGAGCAAGUGUUUUUGUGAAACUACAGAAGCCAAAUGCUGCCAUUAGAGAUUGCGACAGAGCCAUCAAGAUUAAUCCUGACUCAGCACAGACUUACAAAUGGAGGGGGAAAGCGCAUAGACUUCUGGGUCACUGGGAAGAGGCUGCUCAUGAUCUUGCUCUGGCCUGUAAACUGGAUUAUGAUGAAGAUGCUAGUGCCAUGCUGAAGGAGGUGCAGCCAAGGGCUCAGAAAAUUGCAGAGCAUCGCCGAAAGUAUGAACGGAAACGUGAAGAAAAGGAGAUCAAGGAGAGAAUGGAAAGAGUGAAGAAGGCACGAGAGGAGCAUGAGAGAGCACAAAGGGAGGAAGAAGCAAGGCGACAAGCAGGAGGAGCUCAAUUUGGUGGUUUCCCAGGUGGUUUCCCAGGUGGAUUUCCUGGGGCUAUGCCUGGCGGUAUGCCGGGAAUGGCAGGUAUGCCAGGUCUCAAUGAGAUUCUCAGUGAUCCAGAAGUCCUUGCGGCCAUGCAGGAUCCAGAAGUUAUGGCUGCAUUCCAAGACGUUGCCCAGAACCCAGCAAAUAUGUCCAAGUACCAGAACAAUCCCAAGGUCAUGAGUCUCAUCAGUAAAUUGUCUGCUAAAUUUGGCAGUAAACCAUAAAAUCCCCGGUUCAUAAAAAUAAUUUUUGAGUGGGAAGGGUUGAUUUGGCUAACCGGUGUUGCAAUAAAACAAACCAUUGUACCUCUGAUCUUCUUAAGAAGAGAAACUGUGUGUUCUAAGGAGAACUGCUCUCUAGCCCCAAAUGUUGACUUUAUUCAGUGAUUGGUUUACAGCACUCAAAUUAUAUCCGGAUGACCUAGUUUAAGCCAUGCCUCCGUGUCCAAGAAUUGCAAUGUUUCAUGGCAAGCGUUAAAUACAGUUUAACAUUCCUGUGAGAAAUAUUCAGGAGUGUAAGAUAAAAGCCUCUCUUUUUUGUUUGUUUGUUUUUUGGGUUUUCUAUCAUUUCUUUUUUUUCCUUUAAUUAUUUUUCCUCAGCGAACAAAGAGCAGGGAACUUAGAUUAAGUCUGUCUUAAUCUUGUUAGGACAGUAAAAUUGGCCUACUCAAGAGUAGCAAAGGUGGGAUAAAUCUGAAGAAUUAACUGGAUAAAGGUAUUGCCUGCAAAUACAAGUCCAUAUUGGUUUUUUUUUGUUUGUUUGUUUUUUAAUGAGUGACUGACUUUAUAUAGAUAUUAAAA